AUGCCGUCUGGGCCCAGGAAGCGCAUGCCAAGUGUCAGUGAUGACUGCAACAACAGUGAAAGCUUCCAGCAGAAGAAAGCAAAAAAAGAAGCAUCAAUAAGUUCAUCACCUCACAACAUGCAUAACGCAGUGAACUGGAAAAUUGAUGCAAAUGGAGACAAAUUCUGGGAGCUUUCUAAAAUGCGUCGGGUCACUAUCUCCUCCUUUCGAGGGAAGACACUCGUCAAUAUUAGAGAGUAUUACGAGAAGGAUGGGCAAGAGCUCCCCGGGAAAAAGGGCAUUUCUUUACCAAUCGACCAGUUCUCAGUUCUUGUAACAUUGUUACCAGAUAUUGAAAUGGCACUUAAAGAGACCGGGGAGUUUGUGCCGCGGCCAGAUUAUCCUCAGGCCAAUAAAAAACCGAGUGGGGAUGAUAGCAAUGAAACAGCCCAUGGCGCGGAAUUUGAGAGCAAAUAUUCAAUGAAGAAGAAUAUUGAAGCAACCAGUGAGGAAGACUAG